AUGCUGAUCAGUGGAUGGUUAAAUGUUUCAACUGACCCAGUAAUUGGUACCGAUCAAAAAGGGGAAACAUUUUGGAGUCGAAUUCAUAGUUACUGUGUAGAAUUUUGCUCCGACAUGACAAGGGAGGUAGUUGCAUGUAAGAAACGAUGGUAUAAGAUCAACAAAACUGUUGCACAAUUUGCUGGUUGCUACGAUCAAGCUAGUCGAAACAUAAGGAGUGGUUCGAACGCUGAUGAUAUAAAGGAGUUGGCUUAUAAACUUUAUUCCAUAAAUUAUGGUCAAAAAUUCACUUUUGAGAGGCAUUGGAACAUGCUUCGGUUGGAGCAAAAAUGGAGAAGCCAACUACCUACACAGAGUGGCGACUUAAAGAGAACCAAGGUUAGUGCAACUGGAGCAUACUCAUCCUCAUCAAACCCAGAAACACUGUCGGCUGACGAGUCCGGUGUGGACUCUCCCGUUCGCCCACAAGGAUCAAAGAAGAGCAAGCGAAAAGGUAUGGAAAAAGUACAAGUGUCUGAAGAUUUUAGCGAAAGAAAAUCAUCGGUUGUUAAAAAAUUAUCUCUCAUGGAAGAUAUUAAGAAUGUUAGAGAAAAGGAACUAAUGGAUAGGAAAAAAGAAAAAGAAGAGGAGAAGUAA